AUGGCAUCACGCACUCCCUCUGGCUCCGUGUCGCGCUCAGUGAGCUCUGGCAGCCUGCCCACGCGCCACGCGACCCCCGUCCCCCACCUCACGCCUGCCGAGAAGGAGAAGGAGUCUCUGGUGCGCGCCGCAAUCGACAAUGGCGACGUCACCGCUCUGGUAGACCUCGCGACCAGUCCAUCUGGCCUUGUCAGCGAUAUCUUGCGUUGCACUGCUUGGCCUCUCUUGCUAGGAUGCUCUGACAAGGAUUCAGAGAAGGAGCCAUGGAAACAUCUCUCCGAGCACAAGGAUGAGCAUCAGGUUGGCUUGGACGUCAACCGCGCGUUUGUCUACUACCCCAGGAAUGAAUCUGAGAAGCAGCUCAAUCGUCGAAAGGAGCAGCUCUCCGAUGUCAUCCUCGACGUCCUGCGCCAUCACCCCACGCUCUGCUACUUCCAGGGCUACCACGAUAUCGUCCAGGUCUUCCUACUCGUCCUCGGCCCGGAACAUGCCCCCGCUGCAGUUGCUCGACUAAGCCUGCUUCGCAUUCGCGACUUUAUGCUGUCGUCGCUCGACCCAGCCCUCGCCCAGCUCGAAUUGCUGCGACCGAUCCUCCGUGCCGCCGAUCCCGUCCUGUAUGAGCAUCUCCCCAAAAGCCAGCCGUCAUUCGCGCUCGCCGGAACAAUCACCAUGUUCGCCCACAAUAUACAAGACUACAAGGAUAUCACGAGGCUGUUUGACUUCUUCUUGGCUCGACAUGCCGUCAUGCCCAUAUACCUCUUCGCAGCUGUGGUGCUAUCCAAGAGGGAGGAGCUGCUGGAGUACGAGAAGGAGGACGAAGACAUACUCUAUGUCAUGCUAGGGAAGCUCCCAGAGCCCUUCGACGUCGAGUUCCACAUCGCUCGGACCGUUGAGCUAUACGAGAGAUUACCUCCUGCGUCGCUCAACAGUUGGGAGUGGUGGCGCAUCUCGUCCUCCAGCGUACUCAAAUCGUCUGCGACAAACAACAGUCUGCGUCAUCUUACCUUGGAAGAUGGCGAGAUGCUGUUUUUGCAGCAGGAGCAGGACCUCCGCCGCGCGCAGACCCUGAGACAGGCCGUCAAGACCAUCCGGUAUAUCAACCUGCGUGUUUGGUACCACCGCCGGUACGGGGCUGUUGGUCUUGCCAUGGUAGUGGGUGCCUAUGCCCUGUGGCUCGGCAGGAAUGGAGGUCACAACACGGGAUACCCGCUUCUUGGACCGUUGGGAGGGUACCUGAUGAGGUUUCUCGGGGCCCCAGCAUGA